UGACUUGGGGCCUUUCGAUAAGGCGUUCGAUGUAAUAGAGUCCUGUCAAUACGCGACGAUAAUAAUAUGCUCUCUGUCUACAACUAUUGAAAAUAAAGUGAAUACAGUUAACUAAGAGAAAACAAGUGAAGUGGGAAUGUUUGUGUUGUGUUAGAAAAUCUAUUUGUGGUCCUUCAAAAAUGUUGAUACCGUUCGGAGAAUGCGGAAAGUUAGUGGAAUAAGAUGGACAUCAACUCGAGAGCACAAGGUGUGGGAUCGUGGAACUGGCCUCUUCUGCUGUCGGUUGUGCUCUUGAAUAUUUGCUUGCCCAGCUUGGUGCUAUCGUAUGGGGUUUUCUUGGUGCACUCGACAGAACUAGGCAUCCCACUAUGGCUUGGCCUGUCCACUCCUGCAAUAUUCGUGCUGACCUAUGGCCUUACCCAAUGCUGGUGUCGCGAUGCGGCAGACACGUGGGGCGGGCCGGUCGGCUACCGCGUGAUGGCCACGGUCGGUCUGAUGCUCGUGGUCGCUAGCCUCAUCCUGUGUGUCUUCGUCCCUUACUACUUCCAGCCUUGUGUAUAUGGCGUUUUAGGAGGAUUCGGGUCUUCAUUAAUAUCGGCACAAGUCGACGCAGUUAUCUUUGACACAUACGACACUAACUUAAGCAUUAUACGAGGAAUAUGUUUCGCCGGCCAAGCCAUAGGACAGUCUCUAUUCCCUCAUAUUUUAUCAGCUCUGAUAGAAACUUACGAAUACUCAUAUUCUUAUAUGGUCUUAGCUGGCAUAAUUCUCCAAACAUUGCCGGGAAUUAUGCUGUUAAAAGUCAGUGAAAGAACCAAAAGACCGCUAUCGUUCUCUAGAUACAGUGAUAAGACUUACGCAAUAUUCAAUAACGAAGGAAUGAAUGGUUACGUCAAUGAGCUCCAGUUACACGAUUUGAGCACGAAAUCCUGGCAGAGUCCAUCGGAUGACAAUUUACAUAGACACGAAAAUGGUGGUGAACUUGAGUAUGACAAUGAAGCCAAUGUAACUAUCACACCACCACCAAGCCCUGAAGAGAAAAGGCGAAACAUAUUUGGCGUGGAAAUACUGCCAGAAAUUCCGGAGGAAAGUGAAGAUAGUGAGGACGAGUUCGAUGAUGAUGUUAAUGAAAUUGACACUGAUAAAAGUAAUAAGAAACGAUUUAGUUUGGCUAUUAAAAGACUGAGCACUAUAGGUGAUAGUUUCGAUGAGUACAUAGUAAAGCAAAUAAGAAGAGAUUCGGUGCAAACUGAAUACGAUGGUAGUGAGAAUAAUAAGGAAUACUCAGAAAUAGAAGUUACAUACGACACUAUAUCUCCAGUGACAGAUAUCCAAAGAGAGAAAAUAUUUAAUUCUUUCAGCUUCCGUUGUCAGUCUGCCUAUGCAAGUAUGAGAAGAAGAAUGAGAAUGCCUUCGUACAGAGUGUACAGGUUACGACGGAGGCUCGUGUAUGUGAUGUAUAGUAUCAACGACACUUUUAUCAAGCCGCUUUCAAGGUCACUGUCAUGCUGGCGGUUUUAUCCCGCGUUGAUGAUGUGUUUCUGCAAACUAAGCUUAUCGGCGGUAUCGCUUGUAUUGAUGCCACUGAUUGCGACACAAGUUAAGCCGAAAAUAUCUAUGACAGAGACGAAUUUCCUUAUUUCACUCCACGGAUUUACUUGGAUUUGCUUCUUAUUAUGCACUCCCUGGUUAGCACAGACACCAAAACGUAAUUUUAAAUACGUAGCUGUAUUUGGACUUAUUAUAUCGACUGGUGCAAGCUUUGUUUUGGCAGAAGCAAACAACCAUGACCAUUACUCUAUCGGAUGUGUGGUGGCCGGGAUCGGCUACGGAGCCAUCACCUCGUGUUGGGAGACUUCGGUUCAAGACUUUGUCGGGGCUCGCAAGUGGCCGAAGUUCCAUAGCACUUUAGAGACCCUUUCCUCGAUAAUUUUGACGCUGUUUGUGGUCGGACUGUGCUUCAUCGUAGAGCAAGAAGGAGGCUUACAACGCAGUAUGUUCGUGUUAGGCGUAAUACUAGCUGCAAUCACCUUUGUGUGGUGCAUCAUAGCAGCUGUUGCCAUUUAUGUUACCAAAGUAAGAUCUCUUAUUAGAGGUAGAUAAAAUAUGAUUGAAAAUUAGUCUCCUUGUAUUGUAAAUAAUUUGAAAUAGUCUAAAACCCUUGAGCUAUUUUUAUGGUUUAAAAAGAAAAUUAAUUUACGAUCAAUAAAUUAUUUUUAUAUCAACGAA